ACCAAAACCUAACCCACCAGCAAAUUCUCAUUCUUUAUAAUAAUCACUGGUCACUGAAUUUUUUGCAUUUUUAGUUCUUGGGGUUUCAAGUUCAAAAACUAUUUCUGAAGUUCAUUCUUUUGCUUUUCUGCGUGUUGGGGUUGGAUUAUUCAUGGAAUUUAUGGAGAAUGCGAGGCCUAUGAAUCCGGCCAUGACGUUCGACGAAGUCUCCAUGGAGCGAAGCAAGAGCUUCGUCAAUGCCUUGCAGGAACUCAAGAAUUUGAGGCCUCAGCUUUAUUCUGCUGCAGAGUACUGCGAAAAAUCUUAUUUUCAUAGCGAACAGAAACAAAUGGUGCUUGACAACCUGAAAGAUUAUGCUGUAAGAGCCUUAGUGAAUGCUGUUGAUCAUCUUGGAACUGUUGCGUUCAAGUUAGGGGACCUACUUGAGCAGCAAACUGUGGAUGUCUCAACCAUGGACCUGAAAGUGUCUGCUCUUAAUCAGGAACUUCUUACCUGCGGGAUUUACAUGGACAAAGAAGGUCUUAGGCAACAGCAAUUGUUUGCUAUAAUUCCCAGACAUCAUAAGCACUACAUAUUGCCAAACUCUGUCAAUAAGAAGGUGCACUUCAGUCCACACAUACAGACUGAUGCAAGGCAAACUCUUUUUCAAGCUAGAAGCCGACCUCAUCUUUCAGGUACCCCUGCAUCAAAAACACUUUCUUGGCAUCUAGCUUCAGAAACUAAAUCUCCAUUGAAAGGCACUUCAUAUUCUUCAGCUAACACUGAGGAGUCAAAAAUUUCUACCACAACUACCGGAGCUUUCCAACUUUUAGAUAAUGAAGAGAGUACACGGAUGAAAUCUUCAGCAGCACAAGUUCACUUUCUCCAUGGAGGUCUCGCAUUUAGUACAGAUGUGCAAACUAUGGGAAUCACGCGUAAGGAUUCAUUGGAGGGUUCCAAACCGAUGACAGCAUUCAAGUCAUUUGACAACCAGAAUCGGCGUGAGAUUCCCUAUGUCCCUGCUCGCAGCAAGAGUGUGCUAUCAGCUUUCUUUGCCAAGCCAAAAAUUUCCAAGACCAGUUAUGUCUCUUGAUUAUUUCUGCAAAGCAAGCUUCUCUAUGUUGUGGGUGGAUAGAAGAUAUAUAAAGCGUAACUCAGUUGCUGUCAAGUUCUUCAAUAGAAUUAUAACAAGUGGAAUCUUUAUUCUUGACGGUUAAUAAUGCAAUGCCAAAUGGUAAAAGAAGGGGGAAGGAAAAAUUCACAUGUUAUGUUUCUAUUGAAGCAUUCAAUGGCAGAUACUGCAGGGACUUACCUAACCUUGAACAAUGAUCCAGUGAGAUGCUUAUUGGUCUUCUAUUUGUCCAUUCGUCCAGUUGCUCAGAAUCGAUUUUAAGACCCUUUAAAUAAUGAUUCUGUGUAUAGUAGCUGACUAACCAGCCUGUAACGAAUAAUAAUGAUAUCGAUCUUCUGCCCGUUGAGUCUUUUUGUUGUUUCUUGAAAUUGUAGUGCUGGAUCUGUGACUUUUACUGGUUGUGUUCAGGUACCUGUAGAUGAAAAAUGUGUUACUGAAUACUGAUUCUAUGGAAAAUGUUCUAGUGAUUUUUUUUCCCUCUGUCCCGUUAAGUGCUACGGGAUGGAAAAGCGUCA